GACCAAGCAGCCUAGUGGGAGCGGUGUUUGGGCAACGAAAAUGGCGUCGGCCUUGCUGGUGCUCGUCGUUCCGCAGUGGUCGGCAGCCCGGGGCCUCCUCUGGAACUGUUGGGAACGACUGCAGUGGAUACUUCAGCAGAGCCGUCCAGGCCUUCCCAGUCCUCCGUGGGUACCAGCAUUAGCAGUCCAAGGUUCAGCUGUAUUUACAGAACUAGCAAAUGACACCAGUGGAAGUAAGGAGAUUUCCAGCCUUUUGGAUAGUAUCUUUUGGAUGGCAGCACCUAAAAACAGACGCAGCAUUGAAGUUAACCGGUGUAGGAGAAGAAACCCUCGGAAGCUUAUUAAAGUUAAGAACAAUAUAGAUGUUUGUCCUGAAUGUGGUCACCUGAAACUGAAACAUGUCCUUUGUGGCUAUUGCUAUGAGAAGGUAUGCAAAGAGACUGCAGAAAUCAGAAGACAGAUAGGGAAACAAGAAGGGGGCCCUUUUAAGGCUCCUACCACAGAGACGGUGAUUCUGUACAUGGGAGAGACACCAUCCGAACAAGAUCAGGGCAAGAGGAUCAUUGAACGAGACAGAAAGCGACCAUCCUGGUUCACGCAGAAUUAAUACCAAAGGUGCUUAAAAAAGAUGACUUCACAUAAAACAUUUCUCUUGCAAGAAAGGAAGAUUCUUCAUUUUUAUGUGGUUUUGUGCUUGUUUUUAAAUUGUGUAGUUUAAAACAUUUUAUAGGCACUUCUGUGAGUAAUUUGAAGAAUGUAUCAAGAGUAAACUUAAAAUAUUUAUGGAUUAAUAUCUGUUUCUAUUAUACUAUAAGGUUUUAAGUAAACAUAAAAUUUCCAGGGCAGAAAAAUAAAACAAAUCAUUUCAAAUCCAUAGCAAGA